AUGGUGCCCCCUUCCAUAGUUGACGUGCUUGCUACUGUGGAGGGAGCACUGCUUGUGCGCAGUGAGGUUCUCCUGCUCUCUGUUGUUCCAUCUGUGCACCUGUGUGGUGCGCAGUCUGUACUGAUUAUUGUCCACCGUGGCCUGGUGAAUGCAAUACUGGCAAAGCUCCCGCCUUCUUGGCGAGACUUUGCGACUUCACGCCGCCACAUGAAGAAGCAAAUGACUCUCACUGAGUUGUCAGCUGCGAUUAAUGUGGAAGAGCGUGCAAGGUCCAGUAACAAGCCAUCCCAGCAACUCCAGGCUCACGUUGUUGAGAAAGGUGGAGAUAGAAAAUUCCAGAAGAAGAAGAAGAACUCUCCACAGAAGAAUAUGAACCAACCUAAGUCCAAAAAGAUGAAGAAGAAAAAGGAGGACUUUAUCUGCUACGUUUGUGGUGUCUCCGGCGCACCAGUCUUGAUGGGAAAUGGUGUUCCGGCAGCAGUUCGAGGUACUGGACAGGUCUACCUGAAGUUAACUUCAGGAAAGACGCUCGUGCUGAAGGACGUACUCUAUGGUCUCAAAUUAGUGUUUGAGUCUAAUAAAGUGGUCCUGUCUAAGUUUGGUACUUUUGUUGGAAAGUCAUAUGAGUCAGGCGGUUUGUUCCGUCUUUCUGUU